AUGACUAGUUUUGCUGAGGGUGACAGGAAUACAAGGUACUUUCAUAGUAUUGUGAAUGGUAGGAGAAAGAGAUUGCAGAUCAGAAGAAUUCAGAAUCAGCACGGAAUAUGGAUAGAAGGGGAGUCACUUUUGGCAGAAGAAGGUUGUAUAUUUUACCAACAGCAGUUCUCUCAAGAGGUUGAUCCAUUAGACUUUGAAUUGCUACAACAUGUUCCAAGUAUGAUGGAUCAGGAUACUAACAAUCAGCUGGUAAACAUGCCAACUUUAGAGGAGGUGAAGAAGGCUGUAUUUGAAUUAUCUGCAAACAGUGUUGGUGGUCCAGAUGGUAUGAUUGGAAUAUUUUAUCAGGUGUGUUGGGACAUUGUUGGUGCUAAUGUAUACAAUCUUGUGAAAGCCUUCUUUGAUGGGAAAACUCUUCCAAAGUCAGUCACUAAUACCAACCUGGUACUAUUACCAAAGAAGAAUAACAUUGAGACCUUUGCUGAUAUGAGACCAAUCAGUCUCACCAACUUCAUCAACAAGGUUAUUUCUAGAGUGGUUCAGGAUAAACUGGAUGGCAUUCUACCUUCUCUGAUAUCUCCCAACCAGUCUAGAUUUGUUAAGGGCAGAUGUAUCAUUGAAAAUGUCCUUCUAACUCAAAAAGUUGUGACUGACAAUAGACUAAGAGGAAAACCAGCUAAUGUUGUACUUAAGCUUGACAUGGCUAAAGCAUAUGAUAGAGUAUCAUGGAGUUACUUGAUCAGAGUUUUAAGUAAGAUCGGAUUUGCAGAAAUUUUCAUAGAUAUGGUUUGGAGGCUAAUAGCAAAUAAUUGGGGUGUAAAACAAGGAGAUCCACUCUCUCCUGCUUUGUUCAUCUUAUCUGCUGAAGUUUUAUCUAGAACAUUGAACUCUUUAUUUGAGAAUAAUGAUUUUAGAAGUUAUGAAAUUCCCAAAUGGAGUGCAAAUCAGAACCAUCUGGCAUAUGCAGAUGACACAAUAAUUUUUUCAUCUGCUAAUGCUAGAUCUUUGGAGCUAAUUAUGGAGGUGGAGAAUAUUACUGGUUUUAAAAGAGGCACUUUUCCUUUUACAUAUUUGAGUUGUCUUGUCACACAUUUAAGGAAGAGGAAGGCUGAUUACAAUGAUCUGAUCAAGAAAGUCAAGAAUAGGCUAUUCUUCUGGAAUAAUAGUGAGGAAGGCAGAAGAAGACACUGGUCAUCAUGGCUAAACUUGUGUAAGCUAAAAGAGGAUGGAGGAGUAGGCUUUAGAUCUUUGUUUGAUGUAUCUAAAGCCUUAUGUGCAAAACUUUGGUGGAAAUUCAGGACAACAAAUACUCUAUGGGCAAGCUACAUGUGGAUCAAAUAUUGCAAAAGGCACAGUCCUCAGACUGUGCAGUGGAAGGGAGGUUCUCAAGUAUGGAAGGCUAGGAUAGAGGCUAGAGAUAAUAUAGAGCAAGAAAUAUGGUGGGAACCUAGGAGUGGAACUGCAAAUGUAUGGUUUGACAACUGGACAAAGCUAGGGGCUCUAUAUCACAUUAUUGCAGAUGAUUUUGUGAUAGAUGAGGGUGUUCAAGAUGUAAAAGAACUUAUGUUGCAGGAUGGUUGGAAUAUAGGAAGACUGCAGCAGUUAUUCCCUAUGGAUAUUGUGGAUCAUAUAUUAGAAGAAUUGCACUUUCAUGAACCAAAAGAAGAGUGGGAUAGGCCAAGAUUGAUGAUGACAGCAUCAGGCAAAUUUAUUGUAGGCACUGCAUGGGAAUUACUGAGGAGCAAAGCAGUCAAGUCAGAUGUCUUUAAGAACAUGUGGAUAUCAGGGGUACCUUUUAAGAUAUCCUUCUUUUUCUGGAGGUUGUGGAAGUACAAAAUACCAGUUGGAGAGGUAGUAAGAAGGAUUGGGGUAGAUACUGAGGCAACCUGUUACUGCUAUGAUUAUAGGCAAUAUGAAACUGUGGAUCAUUUGUUUGUUACAGGAAAUGUUACAACAAAAGUGUGGACUCAUGUUAAAACUGCUGUUGGCAUCACAACACAGUUUCAACAAGUCAGGCAGAUUCUUCAAGUCUGGUGGAAUGCAGAUUGCCCCGCAAAGUUCAGAACCAUCUUGAAAGCCAUUCCAAUGGUCACUAUGUGGCAGAUAUGGAAGUGGAGGAAUACUGUCCUACAUGGAGGGAGGAUGUCCAUCAACAAAGUGAUUUAUGAAAUAAACAUGAUCAUAUAUUAG